GCCCCGGGUUCGCCGCGCCACCACCGCCAGCAGCCGCAGCAGCGGAGGCAGCGGCGCGCCCCGCCACCAUGAAGGUGACCGUGGACUUCGAGGAGUGCCUGAAGGACUCGCCGCGCUUCAGGGCAGCUUUAGAAGAGGUAGAAGGAGAUGUGACAGAGCUGGAACUGAAACUUGACAAGCUGGUGAAGCUUUGUAUUGCAAUGAUUGACACUGGGAAAGCAUUUUGUACAGCAAACAAGCAAUUCAUGAAUGGAAUUCGAGACCUUGCACAAUAUUCCUGUAAAGAUACAUUGGUUGAGGCCAAUUUGAUGAAGUUCUCUGACACCUUACAGGAAAUGAUCAAUUAUCAUAAUAUUCUGUUUGACCAAAUCCAAAGAUCAAUUAAAACACAGCUUCAGACUUUCGUUAAAGAAGAUAUUAGGAAAUUUAAAGAUGCAAAGAAACAGUUUGAAAAAGUGAGUGAAGAGAAGGAGAAUGCUCUGGUGAAAAAUGCCCAAGUUCAAAGGAAUAAGCAACACGAGGUAGAGGAAGCAACCAAUAUUUUGACUGCAACUCGGAAGUGUUUUCGACACAUAGCUCUGGAUUAUGUUCUUCAGAUCAAUGUUCUUCAAUCUAAAAGGAGAGCAGAAAUCCUAAAAUCGAUGUUAUCCUUUAUGUAUGCACAUCUGGCUUUUUUCCAUCAAGGCUAUGAUCUGUUUAGUGAACUUGAGCCCUACAUGAAAGAGCUUGGUGCACAGCUGGAUCAGUUGGCUAUAGAUGCUGCGAAGGAGAAGAGAGAUAUGGAGCAAAAGCACUCCACUAUUCAACAAAAGGAUUAUUCCAGUGAUGAUACUAAACUAGAAUACAAUGUAGAUGCAGCCAAUGGCAUUGUUAUGGAAGGUUAUUUAUUCAAGCGAGCCAGCAAUGCCUUCAAGACUUGGAACAGGCGCUGGUUCUCAAUACAAAAUAACCAACUUGUGUACCAGAAGAAAUUUAAGGAUAAUCCCACAGUGGUUGUUGAGGACUUGCGGCUCUGCACAGUUAAACACUGUGAAGACAUAGAGAGACGUUUCUGUUUUGAGGUGGUUUCUCCAACAAAGAGCUGCAUGCUUCAGGCUGACUCGGAAAAGCUGCGGCAGGCGUGGAUUAAGGCUGUUCAGACCAGUAUUGCCACAGCAUACAGAGAAAAGGGAGAUGAAUCUGAGAAACAGGAAAAGAAAUCAUCCCCUUCUACUGGGAGCCUAGAAUCUGGGAGUGAGACCAAAGAGAAGCUGUUGAAAGGAGAGAGUGCUCUGCAGAGAGUGCAGUGCAUUGCUGGCAAUGCUGCCUGCUGUGACUGUGGUUUGGCAGAUCCUCGCUGGGCCAGUAUCAACCUGGGAAUCACACUGUGCAUCGAGUGCUCUGGGAUACACAGGAGCUUGGGAGUCCACUUUUCAAAAGUAAGAUCUUUAACGUUGGAUUCAUGGGAACCUGAACUCCUAAAGCUUAUGUGUGAAUUGGGAAAUGAUGUUAUAAAUAGAAUAUAUGAAGCGAAGUUGGAAAAAGUGGGAGUAAAGAAGCCACAAUCUGGAAGUCAAAGGCAGGAGAAGGAGGCAUACAUCAGAGCAAAAUAUGUGGAAAGAAAGUUUGUAGAGAAGCAAGCUACAUCAGUACCUCUGCCAGAGCCUGGAACAAAAGUUCUGCCUCCAAGUCAGGAAGAGAAAAGGCACAGUGGCCCUGAAAAAUCCCUUUUGGCAGGGGAACAAGGUGCAGCACCCCACAAAGCGGUUGCUGUAAGUAGCGACGAGGCGAGGCGGGAGUCUCUGUUCUGUCCUGAUGAGCUUGAUUCACUCUUCUCCUACUUUGAUACCUCUUCAAAACUCCGUAGUAUCCGAAGCAGUGACAGUGGGAUCCAGCCAAGCACUGAUGACAGCAGAGAACACCUUGCCUCUACUAUAUCAGCCAACAGUUUGUAUGAACCAGAAGGAGACAAGCAAGAGUCUCCAGUGUUUUGUGACUCCAAGCAGCCUAGUCCAGGAUUGCAAUUGUAUCAAGCUGCCUUUGAGAAAAAUCUUCCUCACAUGGCAGAAGCAUUGGCUCAUGGAGCUGAAGUAAACUGGGUCAACAUGGAAGAAAACAAAGCAACACCACUCAUUCAGGCAGUGCGAGGGGGUUCAUUGGUUACUUGUGAAUUUUUGCUGCAGAAUGGGGCCAACGUGAACAUCCGAGACAUGAAGGGAAGGGGGCCCCUGCACCAUGCCACAGUUCUAGGACACACUGGACAAGUGUGUUUAUUCCUAAAACGAGGAGCAAACCAGCAUGCGACUGAUGAAGAUGGGAAAGAUCCAUUGAGUAUAGCAGUGGAAGCUGCAAAUGCAGAUAUUGUAACGCUGUUGCGUUUAGCAAGGAUGAAUGAAGAAAUGCGUGAAUCAGAAGGACUCUAUGGGCAGCCAGGAGAUGAAAUUUAUCAGGACAUUUUUCGUGACUUUUCUCAAAUGGCAUCAAAUAAUCCAGAGAAGUUAAACCGCUUCCAGCAGUCAGAUUCCCAGAAGUCUUAAGUGUCAAGAAGGAAAAGAACCUGAAGCUUAUAGUGCAAGUCUUUUUUUACUUUAACAGAAUGAAUUGUAUGCAUUUUGUUAGAUAGUUUGGAUAAAAUGACCACUCCAAUGUAGCUUUAGAUUGUGGUAGCUGGGGAAGUGUAUGAGUUGGUUUAUGUUCUCCAGUGCAUAUACCUCAGCAGCUGAAGAUGUUUCAAGCCCCUGAGUCCCUGCUGGCUGAGUGUAAAGCAGCCCCUGUUCAUGGCCAGCGUUGGCAGCUCGGGGGUGACAGAGCUGCAGGGUGCUCACAGCAGCUCUGCUGCCCAGGGCCAUCACUGGCACCUGUCCCCCUGUCGCCAUAAACAAUGUGCCUCUGGCAGAAGGUCUGGGUUGCAUUUUCUGGGACUGUUUGGAAGGGAAUUUGGGCAAUGAUUUACUGAGUUGUCCUUCCAUUUGUGGGACUGCAGCUCAACAGAUUCUCUUGUUCCUGUGGUGACUCUGGUUAGAGGUAGGCUGUUCUUCACAGAUGUGACAGCUCCUGCUCUUCUGCAAGCUCUUUCCCAGUGGAAGCUCUAGCACCAGGCUGGCCUUUAUGCUGGUGACUGCAGGUCAGUCACAAAGGGAUAUAUCCUGGGGACCAAAUUCCUAAGAGCAGUCCAUUUUCCUUUGUUUUCUUUUCCUCUUAAAUUAAACUUUCAGUGCAGCAAGUAUCCUUCUAAAUGAGCAUGUGGAACCUUUCAUGAAAAAUAAACUUAAUCCUUUUGGACAUGAUGUGGGGUUUGUUUGUAGUAUUUUGACAUGAAAACUUGAAAUUUGAGACAUGAACGUCAAUAUUGAGCCAACAAAGUUUGUGUAGAAUAGUUGCACAAAGGCUGUUUCUCCUUUUUGCUGUUCUCACUACAAGCCCUAAGCUCAGUAUAAAAGUCUCAUGUCUUGCAGCCGCUCGAAGUUUAGGACAAUCAAUCCCUUCUAUCAGGAAGCAGUAGCCCUUGUAUGAUUUGCAAUGAUGUGUAUGUUUAUGUGUUGUCUAAACUAAGAUGAGCACAGGAAAAACUAGAAUUUCAGUGGAUAUUUCUGUCAAGUAAUGAAUGAGCACAGUCUGCAACUGGGUUGUGAGGGCAGCAAGACCAUUUGCUUAAUGCAGUAGUGAGCCCCACUCUGCCCUUGUGCAUGUAUAAAUGCUGUCUCAAGAUAUAAGCUUAUAUAUCAGGAUAUUUAUACCUAGAUAAUAAUCCUCCUAAACCUCAAACCAGCAGAUGCAAUUCUUUAUCCUCUAUUUGUCUACCCUAUGGAGAGAGCUUAAACAGAGUUUUUAGGUGACAUAGUAUCAAUGUGAGUUUUCAGUAAUCCUAAUAACUGUGGCAUUGUUAACCUGCUGUUUAAGUGUAUUUAGGAAAUGAAUUGGCUUUUCUCCAUGGAAAGAUAAGCAAAACUGGGAUAAAACAAAUUGAAAUCUGUAAACUAUGGUAAAGUUAAACUUUCUGGCAUGUAAGAAAGUAUUUCAAACAUUUAUAAUUCUGCAUCCAAUGUGUAAUAAUCUGCAUAAUAUUAUUGCUACAAAAUUAGUAGUGUUGUAGAAUUGUCCAGUGGAAUUUAUUUCUAGGCAGAAUAAUCUUACAAGACAGUUCUUGCUUUGUAUGUGGUCCAGUUAUGGUAGGAAAAGCAGAUUCUGCCCAUUUAAAGUGCACAUUUAGUCUGAAUAAUAAGAAACUUAAGGAUAUCACCUGUAAGCAGUAAUUUUUAGUAAGUUGGUUUUUAAAUAGCUGACUAUGAAAUGAUAAUAUACUUCCUAAUCAGCAGUAUUUACCAGAAAAUGGGUUUUUUAGUAGAUCUUAGAGAAAGUAAGAUUCCUGGUGUACAGAUGGGACAAUGUAAGAUAUGACUGCAUAAUAUACACCUUAGACAUAGGUUUUUCUAGAUGUUUGUCUUUCCCAGCCUGGCUGGCAGGCAGUGUGUAGUGGGAUUGGCUGGAAUGUAAAGCUGCCUAAAGCUUAGUGGCAUAAUUGACAGCAUAAUUGCUGUCUCAGUCCAGGCUGCUGGAGAACAGGUCUGAGAGAUUUAUUUCAAAUCUACACUGGUGAUUUCCUCCCUGGCCACAAGAUCUCUGUGACAAAUUCUGCAGGAUGAUUUCUCUUGACUUAGAAGUUGUUUCCUGUAGCUCUACACAUCCAUGUGUUGUGUUCUGACUCUCAUCUGUCUGGGAAGCAGUGUCAGUCUGUCUGUGCUAAAGGAAUGAACCCCACCUGACUGACAGGUGGUGUGACUCGUCAGGAGCUCUGGAGUUUCAAUGGAUUAGGAAGUAGGUGUGUCACCUGUGAUCCCCAGCCUUGUUCCCCUGUCCUUUUGGGUAUGAUAGGAUGUCCAUUAUAAACUGCACUCAGUUAAAGCCUUUUUCAGGUGCAUAUAAACUUAAAUUUCUGAAUGAUCAUAUUGAAUUAUGCCACUACCUGUGUUAGACAGUUGGAAUUUGUUCACAGGCUUUGGGUGAAGGUGAAUUUGGAUUGCAGAGGUAUUUCUUUGCUUUCACAAACAGCCCACAUUGCAAUCGGAUGGAUGCGUGUUCCAGGUGCUCAUUAGUACAUUGUGGACUUCAGCCUCUCUGCCCAUUAGGACCUGAUCCAGGAAAUCACUGAUAUCAGUGGCAGUCUUUCCACUGAUUUUGGAGAUUUUGGAUUGUACCAUUUGUGGCUUCCAAUGUUACAGUGCUAAAGGAUCCUGUAUUAAUACUGCAUUUUUCACUCUGUGGGGUUUUAUAUUUUACCUAUUUGUAUACUGAGCUAAAAUAGUUUUAGAAAAUGCAACCAGACCUUCCAACUGUUGUCAGCAAAUCCCUGUACAAGAGGAAGUUUCUCCUGUUUUGCAUUAUGACAUUAGUACACAUAUGUUGUCCAAAUUACUAGGUCUCCUGGAUAGAGCAUAAACUUUGUAGCACUAAACUAAAAAGGUGAGAACUAGAACAAGCAGAGGGUUGAUGUCAUGUUUCCAGGACUUUGGUGCUUCUCUGCAGCCAUCUGUUUUAAAUUGUGGAUGUUACCUCUGCUGCUUCAUCUUGAGAAUCUCAAAUAACACAGUGACUUGAAACAACCCUUUGAUGAAACUGCAAAUAAUAAUAUGUAAGUACAAAGGACGUGAUAUUUUUACAGUGUCAAAAGGACUUAGCUGAUCAUUCUGAUUCUUCAAUACAUAAAGUAUUUUGAGAAUCAAUUUUUCAGGCUACAAUCUCUGCCCCAUUCAUUAUGGACACUUUUUCCCAAGUUGGAGUUUAUGGCUUUUGCAUUCUGACAGCCAACACGCCUUGCUCCUGUGCUUACACAAAGGCACAGUUUUAAAACAGGGACAACUCUGGAGAGGCACCACUGGGGAAAAGGAUGAGUGUACCACUUUGGUAUAUACCCUUUCAUAUGCUUGCUUUAUCUUUCUGCAUACGGUAUUUUCUUGUUUCUCUUCCCAUGGAAGGAGAUGACAGAGGAGGAAAAAUUCCACUCGCUUUUCUGUUAGGAGCCUAAGUUUUCCAUGUUUUGACAGAAAUCGCCAUGAAAUCCUCGUUUCCUCAAGCAGAGACGUUACUUUCUCCGAAGUAAUGAACUUUUUUUUUCCCCUCUGCGCGUUCCUCUGUACUCGGUGUUUUUUAAGCAUUCCAGCAGUAAAAUGUAAAAAACCCCUUUUCCCCCUUAAGCUGUAAUUGUACAGACUGUAUACUCCGCCCUUCUUCCGCGUUAUGUACGGCCGUAGAGUUUGUAUCUAAAACUUGACUGUA